AGCGUGAGGGUUUGCACAUUUGCAAGUGUAUACACAUGUUUGGGUGUUUGUUACUACAGACUAUUUUGUAGCCAGGGAAUUUCAAUACUUUGCAUACAGGAAAUUGGUUAUCCACUUCUUUGGACCAAUACUUUUUAAUACGAGUGCGUGUGGAGGUGUGUGCAUACCAACCAACACAGCUGAAUAAACACACAUCCAAACAUGCCCAUGCACUCAGUGCCGUCUCUAUACCCCAUAAUCCACCUGUCUUUUUCUAGAAAGCACUGACUCAAUUUUUGGAUCUGGUUUUCAUGACAAAGCGAAUAUCCUCUUUACAGAGAGAAGUCUGGGUAUAAAAGAGCCAGAGUGGGAUGGGCCUGAACCAGCACAGCUCCACAACUCUACCCCCUCCACAGGCGCCACCACCAGCCGAACCUCUGCAGAAUGGGCCGGGUGAGUACGAAGAUCAUUUUCUACGAGGACAAGAACUUCCAGGGCCGUCGGUAUGAGUGCGACAGCGACUGUUCGGACUUCCAUGCCUACCUGAACCGGUGUAACUCCAUCCGUGUGGAGAGCGGGGCCUGGGUGGUCUAUGAGAGGCCUAACUUCAUGGGCUACCAGUAUGUUCUGACCCGGGGCGAGUAUCCAGAUUACCAGCGCUGGAUGGGUCUGAACGACCGUCUCUGCUCCUGCAAGAUGAUCCACUUCGUGAGCGGUUCUGAGUACAAGAUCCAACUCUACGACAAGGGAGAUUUUGCAGGCCAGGUGUACGAGACCACAGAGGAUUGUCCAUCCAUGGUGGACCGCUUUCGGACACGCGAGGUCCACUCCUGUAAGGUGCUAGACGGGAUCUGGAUCUUCUACGAGCACCCAAACUACAGGGGCCGCCAGUACCUACUGGAGAAGGGGGAAUACCGUAAACCCGUGGACUGGGGCGCCAUCUGCCCCACGGUUCAGUCCUUCAAACGCCUGACGGAGUGACAUCUGACUUGUAAAUCCAUCCAUCUGCAGUCCUCCUUUACCUCCAAACCACCCAAACACAACAGCAUCGACACAGCUGUACUGAAUCAAUAAAUGUGUGGCUGCAUAUGAAAA